AUGGCUUUUGAAAGAAUGAGGCAGCACAAGUUGAAGAUGAAUCCUUUGAAGUGUGCCUUUGGGGUUUCAGUUGGAAAUUUCCUGGGUUUUCUAGUCCACCAAAAAGGUAUUGAAGUAGACCAAAAUAAAGCAAAGGCAAUUAUUGAAGCAAAGCCACUAGCCACUAAGAAAGAACUACAAAGGUUUCUUGGCCAGGUUGGAUAUUUGAGGACAUUCAUUGCCAACGAUGCUGGAAAGACUCAUGUUUUCUCCCCAUUGUUAAAAUUGAAAGGUGUUGAGGAUUUCAAGUGGACAGAACAGCACCAGCAAGCCUUUGAAGGUCUGAAAAGCUACCUGGCCAAUCCUCCAGUAAUGAUGCCUCCAAUCAAGAAGCGGCCUUUAAAAUUAUACUUAUCGACCGCUGACGAAUCCAUUAGAACUCAUCUAACCCAAAACAAUGAGUGGGGAAAGGAGCAAGCCAUCUAUUAUCUAAGUAGGGUGCUCACUCCAGUGGAAUAUAGGUAUACUUCUAUUAAAAAGUUGUGCCUUUCCUUAUACUAUGCGGCUAUGAAGUUAAGAACCUAUAUGUUGCCAGUGGUCGUGUAUAUCAUUUCUCAAAUAGAUUUGAUUAAGUAUAUGCUUUCAAGGCCUUUGAUCACUGGACGUAUUGGAAAGUGGUCAUUGGCCUUAAUGGAGUUUUCCUUCAAGUAUAUUCCACAAAAGGCAGUCAAAGGAAGAGCGGUGGCAGGAUUUCUAGCAGACCAUCCUUCCACCAAGAUUGAUUCAGAAAUAUGUGAUGAGGUGGAUAAUCUCUACCUUAAUUAUACAUCUUGGACUCUCAUGUUUGAUGGAUCAACCACUCAUGAUGGAGGAGGAGCUGGAAUAGUCAUCAUUUCACCGAAGGGGAGAAAAUCUACAUUUUCUUUUUUCGUGGAUUUCAAGUGUACAAAUAACCAAGCUGAGUUUGAGGUGUUAAUUAUUGGGCUAGAAAUCUUAUUGGAGCUAAAAGUGGAGAAGGUCCAGAUUAUUGGAGAUUCAAAUUUGAUACUCAGCCAACUUUCUGAAGAAUAUAGGUGUUUUAAUUGGCAUUUGAGGCCUUUCCAUUCUUUGGCCUUAGAAUUACUUUGCCAGUUUGAUGACUUCCAACUCAAAUAUUGGCCAAGACAUUUAAAUAUAGAGGCUGAUGAUUUAGCACAGCUAGCUUCCAGAGUGAAGGUCCCACCAGGUGUAGAAGAAACUUUGAUCACAAUCAAAAGAAGGACUCUUCCUUCUAUAGAGUCACGGUAUGAGAUGCCAGGUCGUUUCCAAGCUGAUGAGCCAAAAAGGAUCAUGCCUACCAAGAAAACAUGGGAGAUUUUCAAUGUUGCUAUAGAUGGCUUAGACUUGGAAGAUUGGAGAACACCAAUUAUCCAUUUUUUGCAGGAGCCUAGUACCAACGUGGACAAGAGAAUUCAGCUUUUGGCACCUCAUUAUAUUCUGAUUGACGGAGAUCUCUACAAAAAGAGUAAAGAAGAUGGACUUUUGCUCAGAUGCCUUGGCAAGGAUGAAUCCAUGAGAGUAAUGGAAGAAUCGCACCUUGGAAUAUGCGGAGCACACCUAGCUGGAAUCAAGAUGAGGUGGCUUCUUAGAAGGUGGGCUUUAGACUUCAUUGGAAAGUUAAGGCCGCCAUCUGCAGAUGGUCAUACUUAUAUGGUAGUUACAACAGAUUAUUUCACUAAGUGGGUGGAGGCCAUUCCAUUAAAGACUUGUGAGCAACCAACAGUCAUCAAUUUCAUCAAGAAGCACAUUAUACACAGAUUCGGGAUUCCAGAGACUCUUACUACAGAUAGAAGCCUUUCCUUAAUUGGAAGUGAGGUCAUUGACUAUUGUGCUGAAUGUGGCAUUCAAGUAAUCAGUUCUACUCCAUAUUUUGCCCAAGCAAAUGGACAGGCAGAAGCUUCCAAUAAAGUAAUUCUUAACAUCCUUAAAAAGAUGAUUGAGAAUCAUCCAAGGGAGUAG